ACACAAAGAGAGAGCCUUUGAUAUAGCUGAUAGCAAACGGUAGCCACCACCAGUGUAAAUAGAGCCGUCAACUCGUGAUGACAACCAAUAAUCCGUGCAGGCUGCCACGCAGGGAGCGAAGAGAAGUUAGAGGCGAUAAGAUCCAAGCAGAUCCACCGCUAAUUAUGUGAAGGUUGGAAGCCCAGUGAAGAUAUCCUCUUCGUCUUUGCCAUUCAUCUCACUUCAUUCGGAGCUACAAGUUGCUGUGGCGGAGGACAAGUGUACUUUCGCUCCAGGAGCCAGUCGUUUGCUGUCGGUCUUUGUUUGGGAGAGGGCAGGAUGUCUAACAACAUGGCCAAGAUUGCAGAUGCUCGAAAAACAGUAGAGCAGUUGAAACUGGAGGUCAACAUAGAGAGGAUGAUGGUAUCCAAAGCAGCAGCUGAACUGAUGGCUUACUGUGAAGCUCAUGCCAAAGAGGACCCCCUGGUGACCCCAGUGCCUUCAUCUGAGAACCCGUUUCGAGAGAAGAAAUUGUUUUGUGAAAUCCUAUAACUCUCUUGUGCAAAAUACACACACACGCACACACACACACACACACACACACACACACACACCAAAACAAAAACAAAAAAACAAUGACAAACACUUUCUUUAUUGGAUUAUUUUCCAACAGCAUUCAGUUUUUAAUUUAGGUAGCGAUUUCCUCACAUGUCAAAUGACUGUGUGUUAAGCACGAUAAGAAUGGCAAUAAAGAUUUAUUGAAAAGAGUGCAAAGUUCAUUUAAACAAGCCACUGCUGCUGCAUCUCCCACUGUGCACACAGUUUACAUAUUAACAAAACUGCAUAUUUAAGUUGUCACCGGGUUGUUGCUCGGUAUUAAUCUCGGUUAUAAUCUUUUUGUUGUCAAAUGAAUAGCCGAAUAAAGCUCACCGUCUUUAAACAGCCUCUGUUUUUCUGCCCGUUUCCCAGGGGGCUGUUACUUGGUCACUGAAACCUAUGCAAACUAGGGGUGGGGCUAUGUGUGAUCCGUCAGUGCAGGUUAGAGGUGCAGGGAUCAGGUGUGCACA